GUGCGUACUGCGCUGUGCGCACAAACUACAAAGCCGAUCACCGAUCAAUUCAUUCGAUGAGUUGUACCAGUUGAAUUUUGAAGUCGAUCAGUGAUCAGUUUGUUCUUACUGUAGGUGCCAUUGACCAUUUAAGUUUGGUACAUUGUGAUCAGCUAAAAGAUAAUAUUACCUAUACAUAUUUAAUAAAAAUCAGUUUGAAGGAAACUGUACGUGUCUGUGUCUCUUCGGCUGGCCGAUGUGUUUAUAAGUGGCGUAUAAUCUACAAUGUUUUGGACAGUCAUUCCCGAAAUAUAAAUAUCACAAACCUGCCACCGUUUAAACAGUUCAUCCGAAGUCUCGGCACAAAAUCAAAAUGAAAAUCACAGUGACCACGUUAAACGACGACAUCUUCGUCUUGGAUGUAUCUGAAGAUCUGGAAUUAGAAAAUUUUAAAGCAUUCUGCGAAAUAGAAUCAGGAUUCUCAGCUAAAGACAUAAUUCUUAAUUUUAAUGGGAAACCUCUUCUUGAUGAUAAAAAGUCCCUCAAAGACCAUGGGGUAAACGACGGAGAUGUCAUCAUUUUGAUUCACAUGCUGCAAUCUGCUCCAAAUCUGAAUAACAGCGAUGCAAAUCAAGCACUCCCAUCUGGUCUAGCCAAUCUAGACUUUAGUAAUAUCCGAGUGCCAACAGGAGCAAGCACAUCAAUGGCCACACGAGCUACGACUCCAGUAGAAGAAGACCCUCGCAUUAUCCGCGAAAUGUUUCUGGCUAACCCAGAUCAAUUGGCUUUGCUCAAGCAAAAUAAUCCUCGCUUAGCUGAUGCACUGCUUAGUGGUAAUCUAGAUACAUUUGCUUCAGUGCUACGCGAACAAAUCUCUGCUAGAACUGAACGUCAGCAACAGAGAAUAAGGAUGAUGAACUCAGACCCAUUCGACACUGAAGCACAAAGAAUGAUCGCUGAGGAGAUCAGACAGAAAAACAUAGAAGCUAACAUGGAAGCUGCUAUGGAAUAUAAUCCGGAGACAUUCGGCACUGUGGUCAUGCUGUAUAUUAACUGCCAUGUUAAUGGGUUUCCAGUGAAGGCAUUUAUUGAUUCGGGAGCACAAACCACAAUAAUGUCGGCUGCCUGCGCCGAGAGAUGCAAUAUCAUGCGUCUCGUUGACACAAGAUGGGCGGGCAUUGCCAAAGGCGUCGGCAUACAAAGAAUCAUAGGCCGUAUACACAUGGUGCAGAUGAGAAUCGAGAAGGAUUUCCUCACUACGUCAUUCUCCGUACUUGAGGAACAGCCGAUGGACAUGCUGCUCGGCCUCGACAUGCUCAAAAGACAUCAGUGCAAUAUAGAUUUAAAGAGGAACGUGCUGCUGAUCGGCACAACCGGCACAGAGACGCCAUUCUUGCCCGAGUCCGAGUUGCCGGAUUGCGCUCGACUCUCCGGAGUCUCCGAAGACGAGAUCGUCAACCAAUCCGUACGGGACCAUGAGGAUAGACUCAUGAGAGAAGCCCUUGAAAAAUCAAGACAAGAGGCUGGAAAUCAAAGUACACGGUCCACGCACAGUGGUCAGUCGACGUCUGGUACUGGACAAAGUAGCCAAAGAGCUGGUCUAGGAGACCCGAGUCUGACAAUCCUACCAACGGACAUGUUUACUGAGACUGAGGUUGAAGAGAUUGUGAAUCUCGGCUUUACUAGAGAGCAGGCAAUCAAUGAGCUGCGCCGCUUCAACGGCGACAAGGCCCAGGCGACUUUGGGACUAAUUGCAAAGUCGUUAAAAUUUUGAUCAACUUAUGGGUUGGUCUUCUUUUAAAGCGCAAUGAUUGUGCUUAUGAAGGCGUGGGAGUGACUUCACAUUAACAUAUCUCGCCUCUCGGUGUACUGCGACAAUACAAUGCGACCGAAUAGACUUUCUAUUUUAGACUCUUGUUAAAUGUGUCCCUGUGUGAGACCCCUAAUUUUAAUGAACUGUGCAAAUACAAUAUGUUUACGUUUUUUUUAUUAUUAUUUAUUUAUUUUUCUUUAUUUAAAAGAAAUCUACAAUUUUACGACUGUCACAUUUACUGCCUAUUCAAAUGAACUGCGCUUCUUGCUACUCUUUACGGACUUACAAAUGAGCAAUUGUAUUUUUAUAUUGCUUUUUAAUCAAAUAAGUUUCUAUAUUUUGUAUACUUGAUAAGUGAAAAUUAUCUUACGGUCUCGAAAAACGAAACGUGAUAAUAAUCGUAAACAGUUUAUUACAAAGAGACAUUAAAGGAUGAAUUUUUGGAUGAAUUUUAUUGAAAAUUGUAGUGUGGUGUUUGUACAGGUACUUAAAAGUAUUUCCUAGUUGAUGUUAGGUCUAGGAAGUGCCAAAGGACAGUGUAGGCGUGUAUUGUUUGCGUUUUUAUCCCGUCUCGUUGUUCAGCACUGAAUAUCUCCUAAGUGAUAAGUUUAUAAUGUAGAUAAUUUGAUAUUACUGCAACAUAUCUUAAUAUAUUACGUUGUAGCAUGUGAGUUAUUGUCUACCUAGUACUAAGUCCAUAAAUCAUUUUGUCUAUACAAUAUACAUGUUUUAAAGUAAUCCUAAUCGAUAUACCAUUCGUAAAUCAAACUCUAUAUUUUAUGUGUCUAGAUUUAUAAACUAUUUGCAUGCAGGGUUAGGAUUAGAUGUGGGCAUUUUCCUCAGAGAUGGUUUUAUUAAAAUUAGGUCAAUUUUAAUCAAAAUAUUUUGAUCAAAUAGUUGGUAAGAUUAGUUUUAAGGGAAUGGGUAUGGAAUGGCACCAGCUAUUAAUGAUGGAAAGCAUUUAGAGGUUACGUUAUAUAAGUAUUAGAUAUUUUGUAAAAGGUAUAAUAUAUUUAUAUAUUCUUAAACUCUUAGUAGUUGUAAGCUCCAUAGAAUUGUUAUAUUUACCUGUGUUAAGUUUAGUGCUACUACUUAUCAUUUGGCGGCAUUUUAUUUCGCUUAAGCAAUUUUGCUUAUUUUAUUAGCUCAACAGUUUCAAUCAUAAAAACGUAUGUUAUGUAUCGGCUCAAAUUAUGUAAGUUUUAUAGAAGUCUAUUAAUUGUAUUCUUUAUGAUAUUAUGCAUCGAAUUAUUUUCUUGGUUGUAUUAAAAAGAUAAUUCUUUUUCUAAGUAUAUAUUUGUAUUUUCAAUUAGAGUCGUAAAAUACCUAUUUAUAUUGUAAAAUCUUGUCGUAAAUGGAUGUAAAAUGUCUUAGAUAUACAAUAAAAAAAAAUUGCAUGAUCGAAAUUAAGGCAGUAGAUUUAAAUCAGUCAAAUAUGUUGACGUUUAAAAAUAUUAUUACUUAGAUUAUAAUAUGCAUAAGAUAUACUAUGUAACUAUUUUAUGUGUAAAACUACUUCUAAUAUAUAACUACAUUCAUAUAUUAUAUUGUCUAAUUGAUAACAUAAAACAUAAUUGGUGUAAUGCUUCAUUGUUACGAUAUUAAUUAAUGCCGAAUUACGACUUCUACGGAAUUAAUAAUUUUGAAUAAUUAUUUAUUAAUAAUUAUGAAUGUUUUAAGAUAAGUAGCACUAUAUUUCUGAAAAUAAAUAAAACUUGAUAAAUA